AUGGCCAUCGGAGGCGGGGAUUUCCUUCGAAGGUUGCAGAAGGAAGAGGUGGCGCAACAAAGGCUGAGCCGAAUCUCAAGGCGUCCUAAAUACACAAAAUUCUCGCAGCAAGAGCUCGGCUCGUGGAAGCCUUUGCCGACGCCGAGAUGCAUAGUUUUCCUCUUUGUGUUCCUCGGCGUCGCGUGCCUUCCCGUGGGAUUCUACACCCUGCAUGCUUCGUGGUCGAUCGUAGAGCUCGUGUUUCGAUACGACGUCUUUUGCAUCAUGAACUACGCAACCGCGGUGAAUCCGUUGUUGACCAACCAGGACAAGUCCGAUUUCAUGCAGGAUUUCGACAAACGAAAGAAUUGCACCGUUACUAUGAACGUUGAGAAACUGAUGCGACAGCCGAUCUACGUGUAUUACGAGCUCGGAAACUACUUUCAGAAUCACAGACGAUACAUGAAUAGUAAGAGCGAGCAGCAGCUUCGGGGGUUUUCUUCUUCCUCCUCCUCCUCCUCCUCCUCCCAUUCCGAUCUCGACUGCUGCAAACCUAAAGACGUCGCGAAUGGGCAUAGCAUUGUUCCAUGUGGCUUGGUUGCAUGGAGCCUCUUCAACGACACAUUCGACAUUUCCACCAACGGAUUCUACAGCGACAACGGCACCGUGUUCAUUAACCAGACAUGGAUCUCGUGGAGAAGCGACCGCGAGGAGAGAUUUAAUGGCACUGUAUUCCCCUCAAACUUCAUAAACAACAACCGCUCCACGGUGGCGGACGUCCCGCAAAUCGGCGGUGCUGCCUUGAACUAUUCGAAACCACUCAGCAUGGACGAAAACCUCGUGGUGUGGAUGCGCACGGCGGCCCUCCCAACAGUUCGCAAGCUCUACGGCCGGAUUGAGACGGACUUGCGGCCGGGGACACAAUUGAUGGUGCGCAUCGAGAAUUUGUACAACACGUAUGGAUUUGGAGGCAGCAAGAAGCUGGUGCUGUCGACGACGAGUUGGAUCGGAGGGCGGAACGACUUCCUAGGGUUGUCGUAUUUGGUUGUUGGUUGUGUGUCGAUUUUCGUGGGUUUCGUGUUUGGGAUUGCGUAUUGGAGACGUCCUCGGCCUUUGGGAGAUCGAUUGCAUUUGUCGUGGGUGAAGAACAAUCUCACCCCUUCCGCUGCCGCUAGCUUCGUCACCGAUGAUUGA